CCCCGCCGUUCCUAACACUCCAGCAGCACACGACAGAAUAAAAGUCCUCCAGCCUCUAUCAAAGAAAGGUGUCGCGUGAACACGAUGGCUGAUGAUAUGGAAGUAAUUGAGGCUGCGUCCUCAGCACGGGGCAAACUGCGCAUCGCCGCUAUUAUGACUGCGCUAUCUCUCGCUAUGCUUAUUGCUGCCCUGGAUCAGACUAUUCUGGCUACUGCUAUUCCGACUAUUGCGGCAAAGUUGCACUCUGCGGCUGGUUAUACGUGGAUUGGCGGUGCUUAUUUGCUUGCAAAUGCCGCUAGUGCUUGUAUCUGGGCGAAGCUCUCGGAUAUUUGGGGUCGUAAACUGAUCUUACUGAUUGCCGUGGCUUGGUUCUUUGUCAGUUCGAUUGUCUGUGCUGUAGCGGUUAACAUGGAGAUGUUGAUUGCCGGUCGUGCGUUGCAGGGUGUCGCUGGAGGUGGACUGCUGCAGCUAAUCACAAUCAUCAUCUCUGAUCUUUUCAGUGUCCGACUACGCAGCCUGUACCUUGGCCUUAUGGAGUUUAUGUGGGCCUUUGCAGGUGGAAUUGGUCCCCUCCUCGGCGGCGCAUUCUCCCAAUACGUCUCCUGGAGAUGGAACUUUUGGAUCAACGUCCCCGUCUCAGGAGUGACCUUCAUACUACUGCUCUUCUUCCUGGACGUGCACAACCCCAAGACCAAGAUCAUGGACGGCGUCAAAGCGAUCGAUUGGUUCGGCAGCGUCUCCAUGUUGGGACUUACAUUGAUGCUCCUCCUCGGACUCGACUUUGGUGGCGAGACAUUCGCCUGGAGCUCCUCUCAGGUCAUUUGCCUGAUCGUCUUUGGGUCCUUCUGCUCCCUGCUUUUCAUCUACAGCGAGAAGCGACUAGCGAAAUACCCGCUCAUGCCUCUUAACAUCUUUUCGCGUCUGUCUAACAUUGCCACGUUGGCGGUGGCCUUUGCGCAUGGAUUCGUCUUCAUCGCUGGCGAAUACUACAUGCCCCUAUACCUACAAUCAGUCAAACAAGCAUCUCCCAUGCGCUCAGGAGUUCUCAUCCUCCCCCUCCCCCUCGCCGAAGCAUUCUCCGGCAUUGCUACGGGGGCAAUCAUCCACAAGACCGGUCGAUAUCUCGAACUCAUCUGGGGCGGCCUGGUCCUCAUGCUCAUCGGAAACGGUCUAUACAUCCACCUGGGCGUGGACUCCUCCCUCGGCGAGAUCGUCGGAUACCAACUCAUCAGCGGCAUCGGCGCUGGAUUCCUCUUCCAAACACCCAUCAUCGCUAUCCAAGCUAUGGUCUCGCAGGACGAAACCGCAACUGCGACGGCUACCCUCGGAUUCAUCCGUAACAUGGCCACCGCCUCGUCGAUCGUUAUCGGCGGUGUCGUGUUCCAGAAUAGCAUGGGUAAGAUGAAAUCUAGUCUGCUUGCGACGGGUAUGUCGGAGGCUAUGGCGGACCGGAUGACGGGUGACUCUGCGGCGGCGAAUAUCGAGUAUAUCAACCAGAUUGAUAAUCCCGCGCAGCUCUUGGCUGUGAAGGAGGCUUUUGCUUGGAGUUUGAGGAACAUGUGGAUCUUGUAUACUUGCAUGUCUGCUGUUGGUCUGUGCUUUUCGGCGUUUAUUUUGAAGGCGAAGUUGAAUAAGGAGCAUGUUGAGACGGUUACGGGCCUUCACCAGGAGAAGAAGGCUGUUGUUGAGGAUGUGCGACCGGUUGAUGAGUAGGUCCAUUGGGGAUUUGUCUUUUCUUUUGACCAUUUUUCGUCCAAAUGUACAUACGUAUAGAAUUAUGUGUGAGCUUGGUAUAUACAAGUCCAAUCUUAAAAAGGAUAAUAUGGCCCAUCAGAGACGUGCAGGCACAAGACUGGACUGUGGAACAAUAUUCAACACCCUGAAAUCAAAAUAGGAAAAAGGCAAGGAACGUUCGGGACAUUCACUGGAGCGAGCAUCCUCCACCAACAAUACAAAGCACUGGGGUAUCAGCAACACUAUUCCCAACCCAAAUCUUAACGCCCUCUCCAUCGACAGGAGCCUUCCAAUCCUGCACCUCAACGUCCCAAACACUCACAUCCUUCCUAGUAAUCUCCAACGUCAAAGUCUCCGACUGGCCGGGGCUCAGCGUCCCCGUCUUCCCAAACUGUCUAAGCUGCAACAACGGCGUAUCCAAACCAAGGCUAGUCGGCAGCUCCACAUAAAGCUGUGCAACGGCCUUGCCUGACCUAGACCCCGUAUUCUUAAAAUCGACCUGCACGGAGAAUGCAACGUCGAAAAGAGCGGGGUUCCCACCCUGGCCGCCACCCGCACGUGGCAUCAGCUGCGGGGUCGUGCUAUAUCCGUCCGGAUAGGGAUAGUCAUCCGAUGCAGUGAUCGAUUCCGGGUUGUCGAGGUAAGGGUACAAGUAGCGCCAAAUGCGGGUGAACUUUGUAGAGGACCAUGAGACCUCGGAGGCGGCGGGGAUGGAAUCGUUGUAAACUGGGGUGGAUCCUCGGGGCGGUGCGGUGGGAGGGUAGGCGGUGCUCAGCGCUGUGACGACUGAAAUGGAGGGAUUCGAGAAGUUAAAUGUUGUAUAGGAUAGGCCGUGACCGAAUGGGUAGCGCGGGGUGACGUUGGCGUUGAUGAAAUGUCGGUAGUCUAUGUACAGACCUUCGGUGUAGGUAUCCUGAAUUUGGCCGAAUGGCUGAUUGAUGAUGCCAACGCUGUCUGGAUAAUCGGAUUCACUGCGGGGAAUGGUGUAGGGCAUGUGGCCGCUGGGACUGUAGUCGCCAAAGAGCACGUCGGCGAGGGAAUUGCCUGCUUCUUGGCCUGGAAGGUGGGCGACAAGUACGGCCUUGACUGAUUCGAGAUCGAUCCAUUCUUCCAUGAGGAUAGGCCCAACGGUGUGGAUCACUACCACGACUUGCGAGAAUUUCGCUGCUGCCGCCUUUACGAGGUCAUCUCCGUUGUGCCAGGCAUAGAGCCCAGCUUCGGUACGGUCACCAGGGUUUCCUUCGACGGUAAUAUAAUUUUCCCCCGAAUCGGCGUUGAUGAAGACGACUGCAAUAUCAUUGGCAGAGGCAGUCACAUCAGACGGGAAUGAGUCGGUGAUGUAGAACUUGGCAUUCUGGGUCACGUUCGCGAUGCCCUCUUGGGGAGUGAUGAGAUAGGGCAGCCUAGCCGUGCCACUACCCCAGCCCAUGGUCAAAACACCCUUGUCGCAACCCAUAUCAGUGCAGGAAUUGAGCCCAUCGGAGUUACCACCGGCAUCUGUGCCGAACACCUGCAACGAGUCAUUCUUUCUCAGUGGAAGGAUGUCGCCUUCGUUUUUCAGCAAAGUGAUUGCCUCGCGAGCCACGGCGCGGGCAGUGAUGUUGUGGGUCCCCUGGACGUUGACAUAUUGAUUCACGACUCCACUAGGAGAGAAGAGAGCUCCAGGGUAGAGAGGGCCAGUCUUGUCCUCAGUAUUGGUCGAGAAGUUAGGCAGAGGAUAAUCUUCAUCCUGGCCCAUCUUAUACCAUGUAGCCACAAUGCGAGUCACCUAUC